CCCGGAGGGGAUGGGGUGGGACGCCGGGUCGGGGGGGCGCGGCUGAGGGGGCUCGGAAGCGGCGAGCAGGAAGGAUUUGCUGAGUAAUUGGGCAGCGAUUCGGUUCUUCCGUGCCCCGCCGGCCCUGCUCUCACAGCGCCCGGGGCAGGGGGGUCCUCGCCACGUCUGUGGGGCGAGGCAGGGCCGGGCUGUGCGCAGUGUCCCCCAGCGAGGGGAGGACGCCGCCGUUCGUUACCUGCGGACGGAAGCGCGGUGGGAUUUAUUUAUAUCUCCCAGAGGAUGUUUUUUUCUGUGUCCGGAAAGCCGCGGUGGAGCGGCGGGGGCUGGUGCCGAGGUGUGCUGGGUUGAGGCUGGUACCCAUUGCCUGGAGCGGGGGGAAGGUCAGGGAGUCCUCUCCUCCUAGUGCUGCCUUUGCGGCACUGUGGUACGGCUAAAAUGCAAUAGCUUUGGUUUCCAGGGUGUUGCUUCAAAAUCUGUCAGCCCGAAUGGUAACUUUGGGAUCAAGAGGAAUGAGCCCUCGCACAUCUUCAACAUUAUGGGGGAAACUGUUCCCAUGGCUUGUGGGGAGUGCAGCGCUUCAGCACUCGCUCGGGAUCCAGCAAGUAGGAAUAUCAGCCACUUCCAGCACAGAGAACUGACGUGCAGAUAGCAGAACCCUGCUGCAAGGUGAAUCAUGAUUCCAGUCACCGAGCUGCGCUACUUCGCUGACACUCAGCCAGCCUAUCGCAUCCUGAAGCCGUGGUGGGACGUCUUCACGGACUACAUUUCCAUAGUGAUGCUGAUGAUCGCCGUGUUCGGAGGGACGCUCCAGGUCACCCAGGACAAAAUGAUUUGUUUGCCCUGCAAAUGGGUUACCAAAGACUCUUGCAAUGACUCUGUCAGGGGAUGGACAGUGGCUGCCCCAGAGCGUACCUACUACAACACUAGCCUUGUUCCCUCUGCUGAUUCGGGGCCUACGGGGAUCCGAUACGAUCUGGACCGGCACCAGUACAACUACGUGGAUGCGGUGUGUUACGAGAACCGUCUUCACUGGUUUGCCAAGUAUUUUCCUUAUCUAGUGCUGCUACAUACCCUCAUCUUUCUGGCUUGUAGCAACUUCUGGUUCAAGUUCCCAAGGACCAGCUCCAAGCUGGAGCAUUUUGUGUCUAUUUUGCUUAAGUGUUUUGACUCUCCAUGGACAACGAGAGCAUUGUCUGAGACGGUGGUGGAAGAGAGUGAUACCAAACCAGCAUUUGGAAAAAUGAAUGGCUCCAUGGACAAGAAAUCCUCCACAGUCAGUGAGGAUGUGGAAGCCACUGUUCCCAUGCUGCAGAGAACAAAGUCUCGAAUUGAGCAAGGGAUUGUGGACAGGUCUGAGACGGGUGUCUUGGACAAAAAGGAAGGUGAGCAAGCCAAAGCACUCUUUGAAAAAGUGAAAAAGUUCCGUACUCACGUGGAAGAGGGAGACAUAGUUUAUCGCCUGUACAUGAGACAGACCAUAAUCAAAGUAAUCAAGUUCAUUCUGAUAAUUUGCUAUACUGUGUACUAUGUCAACAACAUAACGUUUGAUGUAGAUUGUAAAGUGGACAUUGAGAGCUUGACUGGCUACAGGAUGUACCGCUGUGCUCAUCCUUUGGCCACUCUCUUCAAAAUCUUGGCUUCUUUCUACAUCAGUCUGGUGAUUUUCUAUGGUUUGAUCUGCAUGUACACACUGUGGUGGAUGUUGAGGCGGUCGCUCAAGAAAUACUCCUUUGAGUCCAUCCGAGAGGAGAGCAGUUACAGUGACAUUCCUGAUGUGAAAAAUGACUUUGCCUUUAUGCUCCAUCUGAUCGAUCAGUACGACCCGCUCUACUCCAAGCGCUUUGCUGUCUUUCUGUCAGAGGUGAGUGAGAACAAAUUGCGGCAGCUGAACCUCAACAAUGAGUGGACUUUGGAGAAACUACGCCAGAGGAUCACCAAAAACUCUCAGGAUAAGCUGGAAUUGCAUCUUUUCAUGUUGAGUGGCAUUCCUGACACAGUCUUUGACCUCAUUGAGUUGGAGGUCUUGAAGCUGGAGCUUAUCCCUGAUGUCACUAUUCCCCCCAGCAUUGCUCAGCUCACCAGCCUUAAGGAACUGUGGCUCUACCACACAGCUGCCAAAAUUGAGGCCCCAGCCCUUGCCUUCUUGAGGGAGAAUUUGAAAUCUCUCCACAUCAAGUUCACAGACAUUAAGGAGAUUCCUCUUUGGAUUUAUAGCCUGAAGACACUAGAGGAGCUUCACCUGACAGGGAAUUUGAGCGCUGAAAACAACCGGUACAUUGUGAUCGAUGGACUGAGGGAGCUGAAGAGGCUGAAGGUGUUGAGGAUGAAGAGUAACCUCACCAAACUGCCGCAGGUGGUGACAGAUGUUGGUGUCCAUCUUCAGAAGCUUUCCAUCAACAAUGAGGGCACCAAGCUCAUUGUCCUCAACAGCCUUAAGAAGAUGGUCAACCUGACAGAGCUUGAGCUGAUCCGGUGUGACUUGGAACGCAUUCCUCACUCUAUCUUUAGCCUCCACAAUCUGCAGGAAAUAGACCUGAAGGACAACAACCUAAAGACUAUUGAGGAAAUCAUCAGCUUCCAGCACUUGCAUCGUCUCACUUGCCUUAAAUUGUGGUACAACCACAUUGCCUACAUCCCCAUGCAGAUAGGCAACCUGACCAACUUAGAACGCCUUUACCUGAACCGUAACAAGAUAGAAAAGAUCCCUACCCAGCUCUUCUAUUGCCGAAAACUUCGGUACUUGGAUCUCAGCCACAACAACUUAACUUUCAUACCACCAGAUGUUGGACUUCUUCAAAACCUGCAGAAUCUGGCUGUGACAGCCAACAGGAUUGAGAGUCUCCCACCAGAGCUGUUCCAGUGCAGGAAGCUGAGAACCUUGAACCUGGGAAACAACGUGCUGCAGUCCCUGCCCUCCCGGGUGGGAGAGCUGACCAAUCUGUCGCAGAUAGAGCUGCGGGGGAACCGCCUGGAGUGCUUGCCCGUGGAGCUGGGAGAGUGCCCACUGCUGAAACGCAGUGGGCUCGUGGUGGAGGAGGACCUGUUCAACACCCUGCCCCUGGAAGUCAAAGAGCGCCUGUGGAGGGCAGACAAAGAGCAAGCGUGAACCCCUGAGAAAAGGGGAAAGCCUCUGAUCAACUAGAAGGAAGCAAAAGGCCGUUUCAGUCCCCUUUCACCCAGAUGCUCCCCUUUCUCCACUCCAAUCACUAUCAAACUGGCCAAGGAGUACUUGACAAAUGUGACUCUGAAUGAGUCAGCUUCUUGCCUCAGAUGCAGGAUGGGGGAGGCUUGGGAUCAGGAUGAGGAUCAAGACAGAUUAAUGGCCUCUGAGCAGGGCCCAGGGGGAAUUAGAGGUGUUGCUGUUCUUCUGGACAGGAAUUGGGGUGAGGUGGAUGGUGCUGGUGAGAAGAAAUGACCUUUGAACGGAGGAGAAAAUGAAUGUGGGAAUUGCUGCAUUACUCCUAAUAGGGCUUAUAUGUGUCAGGGACUGAGGGAGUCCAGUGUCCUGCAAGCAAAGAUCAAGAGACAAGGAAACCUCUUGAACCUCCAUCUCUGUGACAGCUGAUACUGCUCCCCAGAUUCAGUCAGUGAGCCCCCAGACUGGGGUGGGAUAGGACACAGCUGAUUUUAUCUAGAUGCUGGCAUUAGGAUUUGGGAGAUAAACAUCUUGCAGCUGCUUGAAGGCAGAAAUUUUUUUUUACUAAUUUUCUUUCCCCUUUGCACACUCCCCACCUUCUCCUCUGCCCCUGGAGAAGGAACCAAACCUUUAAGAUUGCACUACUGUAACGGUUUCAAGUCACUUGUUUGGGUGAGUAGGUCACAGCAUCCUUCUCCACCUGAUGUCCUGGAGGCACUAACUGACACAGUUCCAGAGCUUUAGCCUGUUCUGAAAUGGAUGGUUAUAGUGCAGGUGGGAGAUCUGCAUAAAAAGCAGUUGGACUGUCCAGUCUACUCUCUCAGAAGCAUUGAGUUGCUUCUGGCUUUUAGUUCCAAGUUGCUUUUUAAUUGCUGAUAUUUUGUUGCAUAUCAAGUAGAAUUGUAAAACUGGCCAGUGUGUCAGGGGCUCUCAUGGGGUUGGAGAGGAAAUUUGGGUUUCCUCUGCACCUCUUGUCCCCCAUUCUGCCUUCCCCCAAAAUUAAAUUGUUGAAUUAAGUUGUUCAGUGCUCUGCCAGUGUUUUUCAUGGAUGCAGUCUGGAGAGCUGCUUGAUUGUUCUCUUCUGUUGUUCCCCUCACUUUAACAGCUGUCAGUUCCUGUUACACCUCUUGACCUAAAUAAGAGGCUAAUGCUGAUUGAACCUGGUGCUGGAAAAGAAAUCUUGUCCUCUUGUUUGUUCGUUCCCUUUUCAUUCCCUCAGUGUUGAGGAGAAUGAGAAUCCUCUGUGAACUGAGCUCUUCUGACUUCCUGAAACAGAGCAGCCUUUACUGAAACAAGUUUGGCCUGUUUGGUGGGAUUUGUCAAAAAACCCCUGAACCUUCUGGGCUGGCAGAGGUAGAUAAUGUGUAGCAGUUACUGAUUAUCAUGUCCUUAAGGUGGGGUGGUUAAGAUGCCUCUGGGACACAAAGGUCUUUUUCCAUCAGAAGGAAGAGGAGGUGCCUGGACCUACAGGUCUUGGUUGUAAUAUUCUGCAUCAGACCAACAGGUCAGCUCCCAGGUGCAGUGCUGCAAGCUGGAGCAUGAGAAGUUUGGAGGCCUUGCAUGUGCACAAAGGGGGAAGCUACAUCCAGCUCCAGAGGGAUUCCUGACAAUCUGCCAGAGUGCCCUGGCUUAUCACCUGGCUUGUGGUGAUCCCGUGGAUGGUGGGGCAAUAAGGCACAGUGUGGCUCUCUUCAUCAGAUGUAAGAUAUGAAAUAUAUAUAUACUAAAUAUGCUGAAACCAUGAACAAUGUUAACUGGACUCUGGAUUUAUUGAUGUUCAGAUGCUUAAAUAAAGCUACAUUAAAAUCGGGAGAUCUGUUUAUAAAACUGCUUUUAAGAAAAAUGUAAAUCUUGCUUCCCUUAGUCCAUUCAUUAUAAAACGUCUAAACAGUCCAGGGGAUAAUAUAAUUAAAUCUCCAUCUGGGAGGCAAGGUACUGUAAAAGCUUUUCUGGCUUCUAAUAGGGUUAGUGUCUUGAAAUUGUGUUAGAGCUGGGGCCACAGCUGAAAGGAUGGGGAAGGACUGAUGCUGAUUGGAUUGUAUUUGUAUUUGCCCGAGCAUUCCGGAUUACAGAAAGGACAGAAAUUGUUAGGUGGGCUUUGUUUCCUGAGUAAAGCAGGAAUGGCUUCAGGCUUAGCUACAGAAAUGCUGUUUUCCAGUCAAUUCCCUGUGGUGGAUGUGGGGGCUGUUUGGAUGGUGAAGGAAGCUUUUUUAACUUAGUCUGUGCUAAAAGAUAGCACUGGAGAAUAAUGGCCACUGAAUGGAGAUGUGAACUCUGCUAUUCAAGGCCACUGGGUGAUUGUUUUAUUGCUCAUGUAUUUUAGACCAUGAAGGGCUGAAAGGGCAAAGCAGUUCCUGGGAGUUUCACCUGGCUCACAGGAGCAGUGAGAUGUCUCCAGGAUGUCUAGAUUGGAGAUGAGUGCUUUGACUCUUGAUUCCAGGUGUGGUUUUAAUUAUACAAUCUAAACUUUGCACAGCUGGGUUAGAGUUUCUAUAAGCAGCUCCUGAAAGUAUGCUGCAGUGCUUCUAGAAGUGUGCAAGCCUCCUGAACAGCUCUGUAUCCCAGCAGGAUGGGUGAACAACAGGCAGUUCUGCCAGAAGAGAGGGACUGCCUUCAACUCCUGGCCAAGUCACAGUGCUGUGCUCCUGCUGCUUCUUGAGCAGAGGCUGCCCUGGGCCUGAGGUGUGCAAAGCAAUUGUAAAACAAGCUGGUAAUUGAUCAUGCAUGAAAAUGCCAGCUUUGUGCUGCUUUUGCAAUAGUCCAAGCUUAACUCUUUUGGUUUAGGCUGCUGGGGCUUGAGAGCUCCCUGUGUGCCAGAAUGGGGAUGAGCAGUCUGGUAAUGUUUUGUACUGGAAAUGCAGGUGCCACAAAUACAUUGUCACUCUGAAAGACAACAAUAUGCAUUAUUUACUUCUGACAUGUGCUGCUUGGUCUCUCUUUUGAUCCCAGAGUAUCAGUCUUGUAUGAUGAGAUGGAAAAAGCUUUAAAAUUUCCAAGGAUAGGAUCUAGACCAUGAGUCCUGAACAUGUUUAUGACUGAGGACUGCUGCAAAACUCAACCCACAGCAGAGCAAGUAACUUCCCAAAUUUUUCUGGAUUGCUCAUUCUGUCAGGGAUGUCCUUACAUCAACAAUCCAUUUUCACUUGCAAGUAUUCAAUCCAUGAAUAUUGUGUAUUUUCCUUCAAGUUUCCAUCAGACUGAAGCUUGGGGGGUUUAUUUCUGUCAAAGAUUGGUGCAUUCACAAAAAGCAUUCAGUUUAAGUAGACAGUCACUGCCCUGGUCAGUGUCUUGUUCUCCUGACAAGCUGUUCAAAACAGAAGCAAACCAGAUUAUUUAUUAGCUGCUAAAGCAAUACAGCAACUUGAAUUAAACCCACCUGUUUCCUUAAUAGCACUUCUGAGCUGAACGAGUUCUUGGAGAUCACAAUGAUGCUCAUCCCAUGUUAGGAUUGAAGGUUAGUGACAUGCACUUUACCUUUCCUGCUAAAUACCCCAAAAAGUGAUAAAUUGCAAUUAUUUUGAACCAGCUGAAAGGCAAGGAAUACAAAACCUAUUAAAUGUGUAAAAUUGUGCUGUACCCUGACACUAUGCACUGUAAUGUUAGUUGAAGUUGAUCUGUGUUUCAGAUUACUUUCUGAUUUUGUUAUUUGAUCCCCAGUUAAUUUAGCAGCUGGAAGUAAUUUACUCUGUCAGUCUGAGUGGUUAAAUAACUGUUACAGAUAUCUUUCGUGAUGUGCUGUUCUUUCAUAUUAAUUGUCACUUCUUUUUAAUAGCCUACCUCAUUUUUAAUUAUUUUUCUUAUUACCAUUUAUACACUCCAUUUAGCUCACUCCAUUUUAAUUAAAGUUCUUGGUGUUCAUUACUGUAAGUAGUAUUAAGUGGCUUUCUGUUGCUGAACCACAUGAAGUCCUCGUCUUUUUUUUUUUUUUUUUCCUCUUAAACAAUUGAUUCCAGGAAUUUUGAGAACAAUAACACACAUCCUUUACAGAGGAUGAGUUGUCUGGAAAAAAGUUUCAAAUUUUAUUGAUUCCUAGGCUGUGACAUUGUUUCCUUUUCUUACCUCUUUUCCUGCUUUAGAAUGGAACUCACAUGGUUGGAGUUCCUUGGAUUUUUAAAUGUUUUUUCAGUCCUCCUUCAGGGGAAGAGUAACUUUUUCCCCCCUCAUCAAUAGCUGUGCCUUCUCUAUAGAUCUGUUAAUGUAAUCUCCCCAGAGGCACUUGCUCCCUGGAGUGUAUUUGUAGCAGUGCCUGCCUGAAGCCAACUCAUCCCUUGGAUUCUUUUUCUUUUAACCAUGGAGAGAUUUCCCAACUUCUGGGGUGAUUUCUUACUGCCAGACAACACUGUCAUACUGUAAGCAGAGUCACCUGCUCUGGAGGUCACCUAAGGUAAGGCUGUGGGGAUGCCAACUAGGAAAAUUAUUGCUUAAGCUUCACUUUUAAAGUUUUUCUUCCAUUUUAACUCUACUGUUUGGCCACAGUGGAUAAUGUACUUUUCCCAAGCAUGUGCCAAAAGUGAAUGAGUUUUCUGUCCUACCUCAUUCUAACAGUGUACAAAGCACAACUGGAGUGGGGUAGGAUUAUUCAAGUUUGAUUCAGACCCUUCUCCUUCCAGCUGUGGCAAUGGAUUAAUAUUAAACUGCUUUGGGAGUCUGAAAUCCUCCAGAAGUCUCAUAUCCAAAAUCCAGUUUCAAAAGUAGCAGCACUUGAAUUGCUGGACCCCAGUGGCAAAGGUCAACUUCGUGUGAGUUCACACAAAGGAUUAAUUUAGGAUUCCUGGAAUUUUCCAUCCCUUCCUCCAUUUCCUUUAAAGGAAUUUUAUUUGACAAUGGAAGAGUUUUUCUGGAGGAGGCUUAAUGAGAAGGGGGCUACUGAGCCUGAGUCAUCUUUACAGCUGACAAAUGUGUCCAUUUCAAUAAGUCACUACUCAUGGCUUAAGCAUGGUUCACUCCCAUUGUGUAAAUGCACAAGCAGGGCUGUGGUUUGGCAUCUGGGACCUGCAACUUGGUGUAGCAUUUCAGAAUCAUGACAUUCACUUUGCACGUGGGAUUGUUUGGGCAGCUGAGCAGCAGCACCUUCCCCGUGAGCACUGAAGGCUGCUCUUGUUUGCUCUGAAGGACUUGUACAACUGGACACUUCACCAGAAUAAAAGUUUUAAUUUGCAUUUUCUUUCUA